AUGCUAGAAAAUGUUAGCAUGACCUCUGCUAGGAGAGAAAAGUUGUCCUCAAGAGGUCUGAAUUCUCAGGGUAAUGAAGCUUCAGCUGGAAAGCUCUCUCUGCAAAGAUACCCCUUACUAACUUGUGCCGACCAAGAGGACCAAGUGUCCCUGUCAGGAAUCACUGAACUUUUAAAUGUUACCAAGAAGCCUCAAGCACCGUUUUUUAAAUAUGACCUAGAGAUACCUCCUCAGGCCAAAAUCGCAUCUGUACCGCUUUCUUCUCUCCCACUUAAAAUUCAGCAACUAAUGUCAUCCAGAACUAAAAAUGUCUCUGAAAUAAGACAAGCUCCAGAAAUAUCAAGUGUUACUUAUGUGUGGCCAGUAAUAAAGAUGAAAGAUCCUUCCAAAUCCUUUUUGGCCAUUUUUCCAAAGUCAUUAACAGCAACCAGCCCAAACUUAGCAAAACACAGUUCUAGUCUACAGGUAGUAAGUGGAGAUGUGCAAUGUUCCCAAAUAACCCCAGUGAAACAGCUUGUACAAGAAGAGCUACUGACAGCAAGAUCUUGUCCUCUUACUGUAAAGUCAUCUAACAGCAUUGUUUCACUGAUUUUAAAAUCAUUGACCAAUACCAAGAAUAAAGAUUUAAAAAAUAUUUUACCACUUCAAUCUAUCAGUCCUACUGGAGACCAAAUAGAAAUUCCUCUCUUUAAGCAUAACGCUUUAGUGAUAGAUAAUGGACGAGUCUACCUCCUAUAUGUAACAAGGGAUGAAGCUCUGUCACCAGAAAUGGAAAUACACACCCGCAAUAUGUUGCUCAGGAAGACCACAGUUUAUCUCAUUACAUGUAGUGCUAUCCAUGAUAUAACCAGCAAAGUUCCACAUCCACUGCUGUCAAGAAGGGACCUGUAUUUUGUAAAACAGAACGUAAAAUGUCCUACUACCCCCCCACAUCAACAUGAAACUUUGAAUGCAACACUUUUCUCUUCACACGGGAUGACUACCAUGUCUCAGCCCAAGCAGUGCUCUCCUUUUUCUAGGAAAGGACAACAGUUCCUCAACCAGACUGUAUUUCCACCUGAAGAAGACUUGCAAAAAAGAAAUGGAAAAGAAGCACAUCAGGAAGAAGAUAAUGAACUAAGAAAGAAAUCUGGUAUUGUUAAAGAUGUAAGGGUCUAUCUCAAGAGGAUAAAUCCCACUGAAUUUACAGGGGAUUCUGGCAAAUCUUCUGCAUGUAAAUGGAAGGUAACCACCAGGACAGAGAAAUGGAAAAACAUGUCAAAGGUAUUUGAUUGUCUAUAUACACAAGUAAUACAUUCAGUCAUCUUUAAGUGAUCAUUACAGUGCACUCUUCAAAACUUUUCAUCUCAGUUGCUGAGAAACUAUAAUAUUCUCAUGAAGUUUCUAGUGAGAAAUCAGGAUUGGCAUUCACAAUCUAUUUACUGGGGGAGCCUGAUCAGCAUCUUAGGGGCUUUGGCAUCUUGUUCUAUUCAGUCCAUUGGGAUCACUGCAGCUUUUUCUUUUUAGAGCUUUUUGACUUAGAUUUAAUUUCUUCUUUCUCUUUUUUCUGCAGAAGAAACUGGAGGAAAUCUGUCCUAGUUUAUAAUCUUCUUAUAGAAAUUAGAAGUAUCUUUGAGAAAGAGGGCUGUCUUUUGUGCUCAGAUUUUGCUUUCAAUACAUACUUUGCCAUGUAGCUGUGAAGGUUUUAACUCAUUUGACUCCUUGUCAUAAAACAUUUUCUACAUGAGAAUCUUGCCAUGUUUGUAAGGAUUUACAGUGCUGAUAUUUUUAAUAUCAGGGACUAUUGGUAGAGUAAGGACACUCUGCCUCUGUUGAUAGUCCUGAGUUAUCAGCAAUAUUUUGGCACAUGAUAGCUAAAAUUUCAGGAGUAUUGUCAUAUAAAUCAUUAAGACCAAAUAAGGACUUGAGUUUAAUUUUUCGGCUUUUUAAGCAUUCCUUUCACAACUCCAUUUUUAUUUCCUACAAAAUUGCUAAACACAGGAUGUGGAAUAAACGAGAAGAUUCUCUCAAAGACAAAUUUCUCUUUAGUUGAGAGAGAGAGGCUGUGCCAGAGGCCAGUUCAAAACAGGAGCCUUGCAUGUAGUACUCUGAAGCCUCUCCACUCUCUCUUUGUGGGCUCACUAUGUAGCCCAAUGACCCCAUGCUUUUCAAGACAUGUAAAGUUCUCCUUAGCACAGUUACUUGCAAAAUGUCACGUUCUGUCUUUUAUUUCAGUUCUAGCAAAAGUUUUAGCCAGGACGCCAGCUACUGCUGAAGUCUUUUCCAGGUCUGUAUUCUGGUUGCAGGUCAUAUAACUACAACUGAAAGAAAAACCUUUACAGUGUAGAAAAAGUGUCUGCUGACCUCUUACUGCCAGUUAGGGUUUGCAAUCUGUCUGUGCCAAUGCCAGUUUCUCAUAAGCAGAGACAGGAGGCUUUUUAUCCACAUGCUAGGCUCUUUUUGGUUUGGGAAAUAUUGCCAUUCACUUUUAAUUACAGUUCUAGAAGUGCAAGCUACAGGUCUUUAGUCAUUGCCCUACCUUUGAAAAAGUCUUGCCCUAAGUCCUUGCAUAGAAGUAUGAUUUGGCAGUUUUGCCUGGUGUUGUCAUAGACUCUCAGAACAGGCAUCUACUUUAUCUGCUCCCUGAAAUUUGCAAACUCUUGGUUGCGAUUGGUCUCCUGUGUCCAUUUUGUAUUUUUUUAUGUUAAAGCUCUUAAAUUGUUUCAGCAGCCAAACUGGACAUAAAGUUUCCAACAAAUUAUACCAUUUCAAUAUAUCUUUGUUCAACUUCUUAAUCUGUAGAUAAAUUAGUAAUCACCUGUAUUUCACCAGGAUCUGUCUAUAUCUCUUUUUCAGUCUGUAGUGUUACACUUACAUUUCUGUCAUCUGAAUUUUAAACCAGCAUCACCAGCCCUUUCCGAGAUUCCUGAGAAUGGUCUACUUUUAUUUGUCCCUGUAUCAGAACAUCAUUAGUGUAUGCUAUAUGCUCAGCAUUCAUGAAAAACAUAUUGUAUGUUUUUGUGAAACACCUCAAAGCCAGAUAAAGCAAUACCUUCCAAAGAGUUUGUUUAAAAAAGAACAGGCGUGAACUACUAUUUUUUUUAUGCCAGUACCCAGAUGAAGAAUCCAUUUUCAGAAAAUUUAUGUGACUUUCAUUUUUCCUAAAAUUUCUUUCCCAGUAAAGAUGCCAAGGCAGCUUCUCAGGAUAGUCAGAUUUUGACAGUGUUUCUCCAUCUAUCCAAAGUAUCAUUUCCUGACAUGCAUACCACAAAUUAAAUGGGAUCAAAUACUUCAUGAAACAUUUCAUGCUUGGAUUUAUUUUACAGCUGUUUUACCCAGAUGCUUCCACUUGCUAGUCUGCUAUUGGAAGCCUCUAGUUACCAACAGUGUUGUUAAUAUCUCUCACUAACCUUAAUUGUUGCUGUGACUGUUAUUGCAAUAUUUUUUGCUGUCAUGUCCUUUUCUUUGCAGAUUAGAUUUGCUUUGUUACAUUCUGUCAUUUUUUGUAGACUUUAAUUAAACAGUCCUGCAAGAAUAGCAGAUCUGGCAAAAGGUAGUUUUUAACAAGAUCCCAAAAGGAAAGAACUUCAUAAAGGCAGAGGGAGAUGUCUGCUUUCUCCAUUUCUAGGUCACAUCUCUCUGGUUGCACCAGGCAAUGUUAUAUUUCAGCAAAUGCCGUAAUGAAGUGCAUCUUUUUAUAUGUAUGCUUAAAAUUAUUUCUGAUAACCAUUUAAUAAAAGUAUAUUAAAUUAUGCUUAAAUGCUCUGAAAUAUCACUGACACAUUUAAUACAUGACAUCCUAAUAAAUAUUUUGGCAUGUUAGAAUCUGUAUCUGUCUACAUCUUAGGUACAGUUAUAUAUAUCCCUUUGAACAGCACACAGAUUAAUCACAGUAAAAGUGGAGGUAAGAAAUGAAACUAAUAUAUACAUUUGAAUUUUUCCCAAAUGAAAACUAGUCAGACCACAGGAUCUUAGCCCAGACCCAUUUUUUACCAAUAAUAUUGUUAUUCUACUGGUUUGGCAAAGACCGUAAUUUUGGAGUGUAUCUUAAAAACUCGAACUCAGUAAUGUAAUGAUGUAUUAAUAUCAAGCACAACAGGUCCUUUUUAAAAUCUUAGUACUAUUAGCUGCAAUAUAUUUGCAUACCAAAUGCUAGAUGUGAGUGCAUUGCAUAACUAACACCAGAAUCUCCUUGUGUACAGGAACAACAAUCUUGAUCUAAUAAACUUGGUUUUGUUUUUUUCCUACACUGUCCAGAGGUAUUGUACAUUCUCACCAGCCUAGCUCAUUUUCUUUGGAAAGCAAAUAAAUUAUGGGUUAAGUGACAGGUGGCUGAGAGUGUAGGCAUUAACUAUCCGAUUUGCAAGAAGUUUCUUCCUAGAUAGAUAGCAUGGAAAAAGAAUAAUACCUCAGCUAUAAACACAUUACUUCUCCUCCUCACACAGACCCAGAGUUUCCUAGAAUAGACCUUCUUAUUCAAAUAAUAAAGAUUGCCUGAUAAGAGUAUCAACUCCAAUUAAAGUCAAAUCAAUGCAUGUAUGUUGGAUCCUUUUUGUUUAACAGCAAACUCUGCCAUUUGAACCAGUUUUGGCAAAGAGAAGAAAAGUAACUAAAACAAUGGGAGUAAUCUUAAAGCAGAGGAAGGAGGAAGUGCACUCAACCCAGAGAUGCUGCAGAGACCAUCCAAAAUGGAAAGUGAAAGUCUAAAGAACACCACACACGCUGCCAGAUCCUCUUUUGGGAAGAGCACUGAACAAAGUUUGUGCAUUUAAGAUGACCUAGAUGAAUUUUCCCAGAGUAAAACUUCACUUUGGGGUAAAAAUACAGAGGUUGGUGAAGUAUACUUUCUCUGCAAAUACACCAGUUGCAAAGGAGGCAUCCAGAGGAAAAAGAAACAUAAAUAUACUUUAAAAACCCUUAAACAAUGAGAGAUGGCAGUAGAAGCAAUGCAUAAACACUAGCAAUAGUAGUGAAAAUGGUUCUCAGUACUCUUAAAUCUUAAAAAUUCAAAUCGGUAUCCUGGGGCAGGGGGGUUGUUUGUUGUGUUUUCUAUUGUGCUUUUGUUCAUUUUUUAAAAAAGGAUCAUCUCACACUUAGUCUUCACUUUUGCAUUUAAUAUGUCAAAAACAUAUUGAUCAUUCCUUCAUUCAGUAUCUCUUCUGUUGAGCGGGUUACUACAGCCUGAAUGUGUUCUCUCUUCCACUAGUGGAAAAGUGAUGGAGUUAACAGGCUUGUACAGUUGUGGGAGGAGACUCAAAUCAUACAUACAGAGAAACAGGCCUCCAAUACUCACAGCUAUUUGAUGUUUAAAGAAGACCACUAACCGGAAGUCUUUACAUAGAUACCCCUGGAUUACUUGAAUUCGGUAACACUUCAGCUUGUUGUAUGUGAUACGCUAAUUUCAGAAAGUUGACUUUUUAAAUGACAGUCAUUUUACAAAGCUAAACUUUUCUUUUUUCUUACUGCGGGUAUUAAAAUACCAAUAUAAUAAAGAACUAGCCCCAUUAGUUUAUACUUCACCAAGGGCUUCCCCUCCAACACACAAAUCUUGUGCCACAGUGAAGAAAUUGUCAGCGAUCCUUCUAACAUAAUGUUUAAAUCUUGCAUAAUUAAAGUCUGACAUAUGCCUGUUGCCUGAGAGACCAUACUGUCAAUGGACAAAGGGACAGCCCAGGGUGGCUCACUUCUUUGGUGGGAGUUUGCCUGUAUGGAGGCUGAAAGGACCACCUCAGUUGGAAAAUGACACCAGGGAAAGAGAAGACAGAGUUCUUCUUUCUCUUGGGUACAGCUUGCCAUCUGACUGGAUAACCUCAAUCUGGAAGUGGAACAGAUUUUGGCUAGCAACCAUUUACCUACAAAAGACUGCCAAGAGCACUGAGAGUCAGGGGUACUCACAAGAAAUAAAAUUGUUUUGCUUGAAUGCUGGGGUUGCAAAACAGGCAUUUGCUGAUCUGUUAUUCUGAGUUUCUUUCCUAUUUGGCUACUGCCCCAGAUUGUUUGCUGCUAGUGAUAUGUUACAUGUCCUUAGAGGUAGAGAUAUCCCAAAGUUUGCUUUGAGGAUUAAAGAUAUUAAGUGUUGUUAUUUAACAUAAUAAGAAAGAGGCCCAAACUGGUUUCCCGUUAAUCACAGGGGGAACCUUAACUACAUCCAAUACCAAUUUAAACCAAGAGAAAACCUAUAAGAGCAAAAAUAGCAUCCGGUGGCAUAUAAAUGCAUAAAUCCAGACAGAUCAUAUUAGAAUUUCUGACCAUAUUACUGGUGUUAGUUUCAUAGCACCCACCUGGCUUGUCCAUCUACCCCAUACCGUGCUAAUUUCUUGAAGCCAAUGUUCCUCGUACAUUAGACCCUGGCAGCACAAGGUUAUUUCAUGCUCCUUCUUUGACAAAGGGGGAGAUUUCUGAUCUCUAAUGAAAUGAGUUCCAUCAUUUCUACCUAAAUUACUUCAUAAGAUAGUGAACUUCUUCAAUAUAUUCUCUGGUUUGAGUGUUAUUCCUGGAUAAGCAACCUGCAGGCAAAUGGUCAAAACUACCUAACAAAUGCCGUUUUCCUCAGCAGUCUAUAUUGCCUGCAGACCAGCCCACAGGUGGGCUGAGCAGCCAUCAAAGGAGCCUGAAAAGGAGGUUAGUUCCUCUUGACACCCCCUGACAAAAUGCAGCAGGGCAGGAUAUGGUAUUCCUAAGAACUGUAUGGAUCUUUUUACUUGGUAAUCCAACACAACUCAAAUGAGUGAGAGCUGAAACCUCAGUCCUUAAAUUUACUUUAAAGAGCCUAAUAAUGUAAACUUAAGUAGUAGCUUGUUGGCCUAUGAUCCAAGCAUAAAAUAGAAAUCUUAGGUUUUAUACCCUUUGCAGCUAACCUGAAAUGUUCAUAACAUUUUCUGGUUGUCUUAUGAAACUACAGUACAAGAACAGGACAUGUUUGGUAUUCUGUUUGUGUCUACUAAAAGCUAAGGGCUACACAGCAGCUAGCUGUGCACAGAUGCAGAUACCUCCCAUCAGUAUGUUCUCAUUUCCUGAAAGCAAAAUAAAUAGAAAGGUUGGAAGUGACAUGAACUUAACUGGGUAGAGUACUAGAGCAUCUUUUCUAGCAAGUAUAAAUUGUUCCACUGCUUGGUGUUUGUUAUUUCUUGUUCUGUUCAUUAUGUCUUUUGCAUAGUAUAAUAAAGUCGAUAAGCUGAA